AUGGACACCAGUGCAACGAGUUCAACUCAAGAUGACGAGUCGGACUGGUCAAGAAAUAUUUCAAUGGAAGAAUACCUGACGUAUAAUAAUACAUAUGAUACUUACGAUACUCUAUACGACGUGCCAACCGGUAUGAUAGUGUUACUGUCGUUCUUGUACGGAUCGAUAUCAGUGUUAGCUGUUGUGGGUAACUUCCUUGUAAUGUGGGUGGUGGCAACGUCUCGGCGAAUGCAAAGUGUAACUAACUGCUUCAUAGCGAAUCUGGCCCUAGCUGAUAUUGUGAUAGGCCUAUUUGCUGUACCAUUCCAAUUUCAAGCAGCACUUCUACAGCGAUGGUUGUUGCCACACUUCAUGUGCGCAUUCUGCCCGUUUGUGCAGGCGCUAAGUGUCAAUGUUAGCGUGUUUACUUUAACUGCCAUAGCUGUCGACAGACACCGAGCCAUUAUAACACCGCUUAGUGCGCAUACAUCCAAGCGUGUUGCCAAGGUAAUCAUUGUGUUUAUUUGGGUUCUCGCGUUAUCUCUCGCGGCGCCAAUGGCAAUGUCAUGGGAAGUUAUUAUGGAGGACGAAAUAGAUCCAGUGACUAGACUGUUUUACAAAAAGCCAUUCUGUGCUCCAAGUGAAUUUGGAUCGCAUUCAUUAGCUAUUUAUAGACUGGUGCUUUACGUUUUUCAGUAUGUUAUCCCGCUGUGCGUCAUAUCAUUCGCCUACGUACAUAUGGCAAUGAAGUUGUGGGGGGCGCGAGCUCCCGGAAAUGCACAAGAGAUACGGGACGCAAAUCAAAUGAAGAAUAAAAAACGGGUAAUUAAAAUGCUGGUGCUGGUAGUGGCGCUGUUUGCAUUAUGUUGGCUCCCACUGCAAAGUUAUAUGUUAUUGCAGUCGUUUUUCCCAUCAAUUAACGAGUAUAAAUAUAUAAAUGUCAUUUUCUUUUGCUUUGACUGGUUGGCAAUGAGUAAUUCUUGCUAUAAUCCAUUCAUUUAUGCAAUUUACAACGAAAAGUUUAAAAAAGAAUUUAAGCAACGAUUCACUUACAGGAAAAAAAGAAGAUUUAAUAAUGACAGUUAUGAGGAUGGCCAGUCUUAUCGAACACGCGUACUUUCUUUUCGGUCGACAAAUGAAAGAAGCACAUAUUCGACAAGGAAAUCUGUAAGUUUAGGAACUUCGGAUGCAACAAAAUCUCAAAAUAGAAGCUCUUGUUAUUGUGCAAGAAAUUUUAAUAUCAACUCGGAGGAAGAAUCUCGUCUCACAGUAGUAAGAGCGUUAAACUCUUUUCGAAAUGGAACUAAAAAUAAUGGAACCAAAACCCAAGAUUUGACCAAUAGAAGAGGUAAACCUAAACGUUUAUCUAGAGACGAAACCCUGCCUGUUGGCAAUGAACGAGUCAGUGAGUUGUAUAUAUUUCCAAAUAGUAAUAUCGUUGAUUUAACAGAUGUUCCGUGUGAUAAUAAGGUGUAA